CUUCGUUCAGAUUUCCUAUGGCGCCCCUUCACUUGCUGACCAGAUCAGGCAGAGGGAUGGUGCUUCUCUGAUUGCCUCUUGUGCCUCCCGAAGUCCCUUUCUCUUCGUCUUCAAGGCAGUUGUAAUCUCUAGGUGCUGAAUAAGUUCACUUCGUCAGCUGCUUUUCUUAGGCCUGUCGCUGUGUGUCUGAGGCGGUUUGACAAGGUUUUCAACAUUUAUAUGGCAGUUUAGCUUGCUUAUCUAAGCUUAGAGGAUUCUUGUCCAUUCUCGAAGAAAGAUCACCAUUUCGCUUCUGCACGUGACCUUCAAAGGGGAAUAUAGAGAGGCCACAUUUGGUUCCAAUUUCUGAUCUCAUGGCAUUGCACGAGGUGGCGGCCAAGUCCUCAAGACAAAGUGCUGUCGCUUUGACAACUUCAAGGGGGUUAGGAAGUGAAAAGCAAGGCUUAGAGGUCCGUGGCUCCUUCCUGAAAGUACCUUCCGGUGCUCCAGACUUUGAUGUUGUUGAUCGAGCUCGGAGAAGCAGUACGUCAGCAUGGCAAGACCAUGCAAGAACGAGUCGCAUAGAGUCAAGUUUUGGUCCCAGCACCUCGGGCCAUCACUCCUCUGAAGUACGACCUCCAGAAUCAGAGCUAUUCUUGCAUAGAAGCCGUAUCUUAAAGGACCACCUCCCAUCUGAAAGGAUCAGGAUGUUGCAAGGUGGAAGCAGUCUUGUUUCUACAACUAGAAGCAGGAAUAUUAGCAGGAGACAAAACCACAGAAUGCGUAGAGUUCUAUUAGCAGCCAUGAGUCUCGACGCCGGGGGUGUCAGCUGGCAAGCCGUUGAACGAGGCAACUUGAAUGAAGGUGGCGAAGGUGAUGUCAGCGAGCCGCUGUCGUGCCUGUUCAUUGGGCCCAUUGAGGAGGCAGACAGAGUGCAUCUUGAGGCGCUGUAUAUGCAGGCACGUGACUCAUACUACAGCGGGCGGCCCCUGAUACUGGACGAAAUGUUUGACAAGGUGGAGACUCGGUUGCGCAACUUGCGCUCCAAGAUGGUGCUCAAGUAUCCCCGCUGCAGCCUCAAAAAGUUUGCCGCGUACUCCGAUGCAGAGGAAGACACUUCCCAGAUGUCAACGCUUAUGGCCGUCUGGGGCGCCCUGGGCCUUGCUGGAGCGUUUGCCGCAGUCGUCCCCCCUCUUUGCACUGCCACGAGUGUGUGCGACCGGCUGGUGAACGAGGCCCUGGAGCCGUGGUGGGCCGCUCAGAGUAGCCCCCUCGCAAACUUCCUGCUCGCCCUGGGCUUGCUAGGGGGGGUCCCUCUGGCGUCCGCAGCGGUGCAACAAGUCAAGUCGCUACUGCGUGGGGAGGUGGUCGCCCUUAAAGGUUGCUGCCCAAACUGCGGGGAAGAGGUGUAUGCGUUCCUAGACGCCAAGGAACACAAGCCGCGGCACAAAAGCGAAUGCCACGUAUGCGAGCACCCGCUCGUUUUCCACGCAACUGUUGAGACGUCAAAGAAGGAUGGCAAGCAGUGGGCGUACGGACGAGUGUACCUUGUCACGCGAUCUAAAGACUUGGAGCCGCAGAAGAAAGACCGAAGCCUUAGGUAACAUUCGCUAUGAUGAAUUGUCAUUCCGCUCAUGAUGCAGCACAUCUGGUAUUGAAAGUCCCGUCGAGUGGCCGACUCUUCUUGAGAAGCCACAUUGGGUCGUGCGCUCGAGAUUGGCGGAUGCACUAUUUUUAAGGAGUCCCCCCAAGUCGCUCUCCGAUACGGUCGCCCUUUUAAUAUGGGAGGCGGCUUAGAGAGAAAGAGUCUUAGCUUCCACAGUUGCUUCAUGGUUCGUAUUCCUCAUCAAAUUGGUAUUCAGCGCAUGUUAUCAUUGUGUCAAGUCUAGUUUUAAAUCGAACAUGAUUUGUCAAAGAAGUACGGAGCAUCGAAAGUCCAGUUGAUUGCUAAUGCACCGCACCUAGCUAUACCGUGACCCUUUGCAAGCGUUACUGGCCAUUGCUGCGCACGCCUGGAGAUUGGGUCUCGGACUUCUAGGCUCUGCCGAGGAAUGCAAUCUGCUUACAACAGAUGCGUUUUUUUUUUUGAAUGU